ACGUCAUCGGUUCCGCGCCGCCGCCGCCCCGCCCAGGUUCCCGGCCUCCGCUCCAGCUGCGCCACUCCGCGGACCCUCACCUGCCGCCGCCGCCGCCGCCAAAAUGUCUACAGGUAUGCCUGCGGGUUCCAGCGCUGCCUCUGGCAGCAAUCGAAGACUUCAGCAGACACAAAAUCAAGUGGAUGAGGUGGUGGACAUCAUGCGGGUGAACGUGGACAAGGUGUUGGAAAGAGACCAGAAGCUGUCGGAGCUGGAUGACCGCGCAGAUGCGCUGCAGGCAGGAGCUUCCCAGUUUGAAACGAGUGCUGCCAAGCUGAAGAGGAAAUACUGGUGGAAGAAUUGCAAGAUGUGGGCGAUAGGGAUUAGCGUCGUGGUUAUCAUCAUCAUCAUCAUCAUCGUGUGGAGCGUCUCUUCAUGAAGAGCCACCGAGACCCCAGCCUGCUGUUCAAGAACCCUCUUCCAGACUUCUGACUUAGGACCCGCUCUGUUAUCAAGCUUACCUGUUGUUGUAUCUGAAAUGAUUAUUUUCUGUUAGUUAAUGUAAAGUUCGAUCCCUAGGAAAGGCGCCUUCCUUUACCAUGCACUCCGCACGAGAAGCGUGGUCAGCCCAGCCACCUUUUGCACAGUGCCUUUACACAUUUACACACGGGCUGAUGCGACGGACUCCUUCAAUAAGUUCCAGAGUGCUGGAGCCCAGAAGUAGUGUUUUCUGAUUAAUUGCCAUUAAUUCCAGGGAAGGGAAUUCUUUUCAAGUUAGCUAUCCUCGUCAGAGGAGAUUGCCUUCAGAUGCCCACUUUAAACCUUUGGGGAAUCAGAUUUCCAAUUCGUGCCUUCUAGAAAGAACACUACUGUUUAACUCAAACCUGUGACAGUAACAAGCUGUGCCUUAUUUUGCUACUUUUCUGAUUCCCUGUAAGAGAACCCUCCUGUUUGUAAGCACUACUGACUCUUGCUAUAUUUAAAAAUAAGAUGCUGGUAAAGAGUUUUUGCUCUUACACGAGAUAUGAAGAUGUUUACUUUCUUAUUGUUUUGUAUCAUUUGCUAAAAAUAUUAUUUUAAUCAGAACUAAUAACCUGUUUGAAACAUUUUUGUAGAACUAUGACUAUGACCAAAGUUUCUAUUUUGCCAAAAAGUUACAUCCCGGUAAAAUGUCCUUACGUCUGUUCCCGACAGCUAAAUUCAGGAAAGUGACAAAUGAACUCAAGGUGCCCUUCAGAAUUAAAGUCAUGAUAUUGUUUGUGAAGCUUCUACAUCCUGACAGGCCUUUCUUGCCUCUGAAAUACUGCGGGUGGUGUGACUCCCCUUCUGAUUCAACAUUUUUCCCGGGGAUAGAGGUUUGAGCUAGACACUGAUGGUCUCAUACCUGGAGACGGAUUACCAGCAGUUUGCAGGUUACCAGCUGUGGACUCCAGAAUGUUUCUAAGAAUUACGUUAGCCAUGACUUUGUAGCUUUCCAGCAAGACCAUCUGCGAGCUGGUCAUUAUGUGGCCCUGUCCCCAGAGACCGUAGCUUUCUGGAGUCUGUUUCCUAUGUUUAUUCAUAUUCCACUUCCGAAAUCUUCCAAAGUCUUCUAUACGGUGCUUUCAGUCAGCAUUGGUCAGGGCUGGAUGACCCUUCACAGAGGCUAGCUAGCCAGAGACUCUUCAGUGUCAGACUACCUGCACACAGUGCUGCUUUGGAAAUAGCUGUUGUCAUCUGAGAGACUUUUGUUGAGACUUUUCAACAUCAGGCCAUGUGGCUAAGGACAGGAAUUCAGGUGGGAAUGAAAACAGGUUAGGACGCACUGAGGGAGAAAUGCAGAGGUAUUACCACUCCGUGGCCCAUUGUUACCGGAAUAUUCUAAAAUUCUUCACACCUAGUGUGUGACUUACAAAACAACAGUUGAGGUACACCAGGGCACAGUUCCGUUUCUUUGUUUCUGUUCCCCUAACAUCACUGAAGUGUUGUGGUGUUAAAAACAUGCCUUGCAGUAUGCCCAGCUGUGAGAAGCGAGCAGCUGUCGGUAUCAGGACGUGACCCCCCCACCCCCACUCCCCAGCUCAGGGGCUCUGGCCGGGUCUCAGCUGAAACUUUGGUGCUCUCUCCUUGGCCUCAAUGCUCAGUCUCAUGUGGCCCACUGGCUCCUGCAUUAACCCAGGAAUACCUCGCUUGUGUCUGCAUUAGCUGGGACCUGCCCAUUCUAAUGAACGGAAUAAACUGUUUAUAAACCCAA